AUGAUAUUCCCACUGACAAAGUUGUCGGAGAGCACGCGAAUCGCGCGCCGGCGACCAGUCGCCCCGAGUCUCGAGCGCCGUCGCGCGUCGCCUUCGCGCGCUGCGCAGGAACUGCGUCUGGACGGCAACCAGCUGCCCGUGGUGCUGGAGCGCACCUUCGGCGGGCAGUCGGAGCUGCAGCGCCUGACGCUGGCGCGCAACCGCCUCGCCAAGGUCACCACGUCGGCCUUCGCCAACCUCACCACGCUGCGCGACCUCGACCUGGGCUACAACAAGCUGGACCGCCUGGAGACGGCCACCUUCAUCCCGCUGGCCGAGUCGCUGCGCCGCCUCGACCUCAGCGGCAACGCCAUCUCGCUCGCCGAGGUCAAAUACGUGCUGCAGGUGGUGCUGAAGCUGAAGGACCUGUCUCUGUCGGACAUGCAGCUGACGGACCUGCCGCUGGGGCUGUUCGUCUACCACGAGCACCUGCGCUUCCUCAACCUGUCGGGCAACCACUUCACCCACUUCCCGUCGCAGCUGCUCUCGCCCGUGCCCAAGCUGCAGGAGCUGGACCUGUCGCGCAACCGCUUCCGGGGCCUGGACGAGCGCCUGCUCUACCGCUUCGAGUCCAUCCGCGCGCUCCACCUGCACUCCAACCCCUGGGCCUGCGACCUCUGCCACAUCAUCCCCAUCCUCAACCGCAUCAACAAGACCGCCGUCAACAUGUUCAAGACGCUGCAGCGCAGCUCGCUGGGCUGGUGCAGCAGCAGCGGCAGCGGCUUCGGCUACGUGGAGGGCGGCGGCGCGGCGGGCGUCACCACGGGCUUCCUGGGCGACGACUCGCGCCUGGGGCUGAUCGCGGCGGGGGCGGCGGUGCUGCUGCUGCUGGUGACCGGCGCCGCGCUCCUGGCCGGCGUUGCCUACUCGCGCCACCACGCCGCGCAUUAUUACACGCGCGAGGAGCAGCGCGCCCCCGAGCAGGAGGCCAUCUUCGAGAACCCGGCCGCCAUCCUCAGCGAGAACGGCGACAUCAAGUACAAGAUCGUGCCGAUGGACGUGUCGAAGCCGCCUCCCAAGAAGAAGAAGAUGUCCGUGUCCACCAUCGACGGCAUCACGAAAGAUCCCGAGCUGCACACGCUCACGAACGGGACCUGA